UGUUACUCCAACAGCUGUAAUAAGAUCGUCUCGGACAAAUUGGAAAAUGUCGGCACAGGUGAGCGUGCAAGUCGACCCUCCAGGUGCCAGAUAUGUCAUGGACGUUGUGCUCCAACGUCAGAGGGAAAUUAUGGCCAAAAAUUAUGUUGCCACACAAGUUAGUGAACAUCUACAGCGUAAACUUGACCUGAAUUCUUCAUCGUUCCUCAGUGAAGCGCAGUUUCACUUGGUUGGCAGUGCAGCAGAGAGUCUUGUAACUUCCUUCAAGGAUGACCAGGAUCUUCUCCUGAUACUUGGCCCUCCUUAUACUCCAGAGUACUUUAAAUCUGUGCAUGAAGCCCACGGAAGUAUUUUUUAUGUGGAAUAAGAAGACAUGGAACGGAGCCAAGCCACGUUAUGUUAAUGAGAAGGGAUAUCUUUCAACAUACUCUCUUCGAAGUCAGUUAAUUCCUGGUAUGUAC